AUGAGUGAAUGUUUGAAAUAUCAAAAACCAAAUAAAACAUGCAUGAUAUAUGCAAUUAUUUCGCACAACAUUGAUUUUGUUACAUUCUUGAUGAAUAAUUACAAUUUAAAGAUCGAUUUAGAAUAUUGCGUAAAAUAUAAGAAUCUUGAAUCAUUUUUAGUUUAUUUCGAUCAAACUAAUGAUAUUAACAUGUGCUUUGUUCAAUCAUUGAAGCAUAAUAUUUCAUCUCUUUGCGAAUAUUUCUUAUCACAUGGUGCAAAAAUCAAUGAAGAAUAUUAUGGGAUGACACCUCUUUUUUAUGCAGCAAUGUACAAUAGUAAAGAAACAGCCGAAGUUCUCAUUUCAAAUGGUGCAAAUAUCAAUGAAAAAGAUGAAAGAGGGAGCACACCUCUUUUUUAUGCAGCAGCAAAUAAUAGUAAAGAAACAGCCGAAGUUCUCAUUUCACAUGGUGCAAAUAUCAAUGAAAAAGAUGAAAGAGGGAGAACAGCUCUUUUUUCUGCAGCAAAAUAUAAUAGUAAAGAAACAGCCGAAGUUCUCAUUUCACAUGGUGCAAAUAUCAAUGAAAAAGAUAAUUUUGGCAAUACUGCUUUUUAUUAUGCAGUAAAACGAAAAAGUAAAGAAAUUGUCAAACUUCUCAUUUCAAAUGGUGCAAAUAUCAAUGAAAACUACAAUAAUGGAAAAUCUGCUCUUCAUCAUGCAUCAGAACAUAAUAAUAAAGAAAUCGUUGAAAUUCUCAUUUCAAAUGGUGCGAAUAUCAAUGAAAAAGAUAAUUUUGGCAAUACCGCUCUGUAUUAUGCAGCAAAGCAAAAAAGUAAAGAAAUUGUCAAACUUCUCAUUUCAAAUGGUGCAAAUAUCAAUGAAAACUACUAUAAUGGAAAAUCUGUUCUUCAUAUUGCAAUAAAACAAAAUAAUAAAGAAAUCGUUGAAAUUCUCAUUUCAAAUGGUGCAAAUAUCAAUGAAAAAGAUAAUUUUGGCAACACUGAUCUUUAUUAUGCAUUUAAACAAAAUAAUAAAGAAAUUGUCGAACUUUUUAUCUCACAUGGCGCAAAUAUCAAUGAAAAAUUUAAACAUGGAAAGUCCGCUCUUCAUAUCGCAUCAGAAAAUGAUAAUAAAGAAAUCGUUGAACUUCUUAUCUCACAUGGUGCAAAUAUCAAUGAAAAAGAUAAUUUUGGAAAUACUGCUCUUUAUUAUGCAACAAAACAUAACAACAAAAAUAUGGUCGAACUUCUUAUCUCACAUGGCGCUAAUAUCAAUGAAAAAACAAAAUAUGGAAAGUCCACUCUUUAUAUUGCGGCAGAGCAUAAUAAUAAAGAAAUAGCCGAACUACUUAUCUCACAUGGUGCAAAUAUAAAUGAAAAAGAUAAUUUUGGAAAUACUGCUCUUCAUAUUUCAGCGUCAAAAAAUAGUAAAAAAACAGCCAAAGUUCUCAUUUCAAAUGGUGCAAAUAUCAAUGAAAACAACAAUAAUGGAAAAUCUGCUCUUCAUCAUGCAGCAGAAAAUAAUAGUAAAGAAAUGGCCGAACUUCUAAUCUCACAUGGUGCAAAUAUCAAUGAAAAAGAUAAUUUUGGAAAUACUGCUCUUUAUUAUGCAACAAAAUAUAACAACAAAAAUAUGGUCGAACUUCUUAUCUCACAUGGCGCAAAUAUCAAUGAAAAAGAUUAA